AUGGGACUUAAAGGUUGUGAAAUUCAAUUAGAUAAUCCAUGGAACACAUACUAUGCGGGACAAACCAUUAAUGGACAAGUGAAAUUGACUUUUGAUUCAGCGAAAAAAGUACGAGGCAUUAUAAUUAGGUUCCUGGGCGAAGCCAACACUGAAUGGUCGGAAACAAAAACCGUGACCACAAGCGAAGGAAAGACUGAACAGGAAACGGAAACCUUACGCGGCCAUGAAGAGUAUUUCCAAAUACAAUACUAUCUUUUGGGCGGAAAGAAUAGUUCCGAAACUGAACUCCCAGCUGGCACGCACACUUACCCCUUCACAUGUGCAUUGCCGCCUACAUUACCCUCUUCAUUUGAAGGUGAAUUCGGUCAUGUACGUUACACUGUUAAGGUAACACUAGAUCGUCCAUGGAAAUUUGAUCAGGAUAUGAAAAUGGCUUUCACGGUAAUCUCUCCAGUCGAUCUUAACGUCAACCCACGUGUAAAGGAGCCAUAUAAGCUGGAGUUGGAGAAGAGUUUUUGCUGCUUCUGUUGUCGUUCUGGUCCAUUAUCGGUAAUCACCACCGUGCCGGUGACUGGCUACGUAUCAGGCCAAACAAUACCAAUCACUUGUGAAUGCGAUAAUGCCAGUAAUGUUGGCAUCACAUCGGUUAAGUUUAUUUUACGCAAACGGGUCACGUUCCAAGUAAACCAACCGCGUGCGGAAAAGAAACAAAGCAAAAUUACAAUAUCCGAAUUGAGCAUUGGCCCAGUUGCGGGCGGCGAGACACGCACAUUUACGCAACAAUUGGAAAUACCAGCACUGCCACCAACAAAUUUACUCAACUGUGGAAUUAUAUCGUUGGAUUAUGACUUACAUAUUGAAUGCGACGUCAGCGGUCCGCAUCGUAAUUUAUCUGGUAACAUACCAAUUAUUCUGGGUACAAUUCCUUUGGCAUCAUUCAAGCCACCGGCACCCUAUACAGAUGUGCCGGCGCAAAUACCAUCGCAGCAACAACAAGAUCAAGAUCCAUCACUGGCACCAACGCAGCCAGUUAGCCCUGCUAGUCCACCAAGUGAUGGUGCGGGUGGUGCGCUUGGCUGGAAUGUAGCCGACAGCGCCGGUGGGCAGCUAUAUCCAAAUAUACCGCCACCACAAUUUGUCGAGACACAGUUCCGUGCGCCAAAAAUCACUGGCAUUGAGGAUUCGGAGCACACAACAAUUGUUGGCGAUGCUAAUUUUGCGCCACGUUAUCCAACGUUCCAGUUCAAUAAUGCGACUGCACCACCACAUCACUAAAAUGCGGUGCAUGCAAGUGACAGUGGCGCAUAAGCCAACCAUAAGCGACAGCACAAUGAUAUUAAUUAUUUACACAAGUCUAUCUGUUAUAAUCUUGUGAUUUACCAUCAUAUAAUCGCACAAACUAAGCAUUUAUUUGUUUCGCUUUGAUUUCUUUGGAGAAUUGCUUGAACAAUUCAAACAAAAACAACGCUUCUAUUUUUCACUAGUCUAUUAUAGCGUACAUUUGGCUUCCGUCCGCAGUGCUUGUCAAAUACAGUUAAUUUCAACUAGAAAAAAAUACUUAAAAUAAGUAAUAAAAUAAAGACGAGUGCCUAGAAAUAAAAUCGUUAGCAGCUCAACAAUUAUUAGCUUAAAUUAUUGUAGUGAUUUGUAUGCCAACUAAAAGUGAAAAGUGAAUUUUUA